CGAAAAAAAGCAUAGAAACAGUUUUCGUUCUCUCUUUCUCAAAGGUUUUUUUUUUUUUUUUCUUGUGUUUGUAUAUUGGAACUAGAACUAGUUUAACCUGAAACUUGUUUUAUAGCAACUACCAACACUUGCUUAUUUGAAAAAUCUGCCUUGGUUUUGAUCCUUGAAAUUUCAUUUAAAAAGAAUUCUAAGGGAAGCUGGAGGCUAAGCGAUGGCUAUUAGACGGAAUACUGGUUUUGCCGCUGCAUUUCUAACAACUUUGCUCAUCUCAGCAUCAUCAUUUUUUGUCAACGCAGAUCGCGUCGACUAUCCAUCAGCUGCUUAUCCUCCCAACUCUUGGAUUAACGUCCCUGUGUUUGACUUUAGCUUCUGGGAUUCAGCAGGUAUUAGGCCCAUCCUUAUCACUGGAACUUUUGUCUGCGGCUUCCACUGCUCCAAUUUACAAGGCAAUUGCCUUUUUGCCAUUUCCAUCUUCCAAAUCAAUACUUUUGAUGCCAAUUCUAAUUCUAGCCCCUCUACAAAAAUAGUGUGGUCAGCAAACCGAAACAAUCCUGUUAAAUUUAGAGCUUCACUGCAACUCUCUGAAGAAGGGGAUUUGAUGCUUCAAGAUCUUGAUGGCACUCUAGUUUGGAACACAAACACCACAGGGAAAUUUGUUUCAGGAUUAAACUUAACUGAAAAAGGAAACCUUGUGCUUUAUGGCAGAAACAAUGAGAUGGUCUGGCAGUCUUUUGAUCACCCGACAGACACAUUAGUUCCUGGGCAGGCACUAGUUUCUGGGCAAAAACUGACCGCGAGUGUGUCAACAACAAAUUCAAGUGCAGGUUUAUACUCAUUAGCUCUUAUAAAUGAUAGUUUGAUUGCUUUCCUUGAACCAGAUGCUCAACAAGUCUAUUUUGGACCCUUGAAAGUGGAAGCACAUGAAUCAGGGCAACACAAAGUCGUGUAUAUGAAUGGUAGAUUUGAUCGUUUUGUGCUUUCUCCUGCAUCUGCAUCACAGUUCAUUCAACUAGGCAGUGAUGGACAUUUGAGGGCUUAUCAAUUGAAAGAAUCAAAAUGGGAGCAAGUGUCUGAUCUUUUGAUUAACUACACUGGAGCAUGUGGUUCGCCCUUGGUGUGUGGAGAAUAUGGCGUUUGUUCAGAUGGGUAUUGCAGUUGUCCAAAAGCAGAGAGCAAUGCGGCUGUAGUUUACUUUAGGCAGGUAUCUGAAAACCAUCCUGAUCUCGGAUGUAAAGAAACUAUAUCUGUUUCUUGCAAGCCUUCUGAUUAUCAUAGCCAUAGCUUACUUGAGCUUAAGGACUUUGAUUACUUCUAUUUCGUACCCCAUAUUGAGAAUGCAAAUAGACAAAAAUGCAAGGAAGCUUGUUUGAAGAAUUGUUCAUGCAAAGCUGCUAUACAUCGACAACAAAUAAAUUCUUCUGUUGGGUAUUGUUUUCUUCUGUCUAAAAUCUUUUCCUUCAAACGAAAUGUUGAUAAUCUGCAUGAUUAUAACAGUUUUUCAUAUAUAAAAGUGCAAAAUCCUCCAAUAUUCAGAGCGUAUAGGCCUAGUAAAGGACACAUGAAGGCUAUACUUGGCUCAACCCUUGGACCAAUUCUUUUUAUCCUACUUGUGGUAGUUGGUAUGUUCUCCUUAUGGCGGAAUAAAAAUGAUUCAAAAGAUGACAAGAAGGAGCCCCAAAAGUAUGGAAGAUUAAGAUUCACUAGAUUCUCCUAUGACUACUUGUGCUCCAUGACAGAGAAUUUUAGUGUGAAGCUUGGUGAAGGAGGUUUUGGUUCUGUUUAUUAUGGGAGCCUACCUAAUAGCACUAAGAUAGCAGUGAAGCGUCUUGAUGGCACUGAUCGUGUGAAGAAGUCAUUUUUAGCUGAAGUUGAGACAUUAGGAAGUGUUCAUCACAUCAAUUUGGUGUCACUAAUUGGAUUUUGUGCUGAAAAAUCCCAUCCGCUUCUAGUUUAUGAGUACUUGCAGAAUGGUUCACUUGAUGGAUGGAUCUUUAGCAGAAACCCAGUGUGUACUCUUAGUUGGAAAUUGAGGGAAAAGAUUAUACAUGAUGUGGCAAAAGGAUUAGCCUAUCUUCAUGAUGGUUGCGAUCAGAAAAUAUUACACUUGGAUAUUAAACCUCAAAACAUCCUUCUUGAUGAAAAUUUCAAUGCUCGCCUUGCGGAUUUCGGGUUGUCCAAACUGAUUGACAGGGACCAAAAUCAAGUCCUUACGACAAUGAGAGGCACGCCAGGUUACAUGGCUCCUGAAUGGUCGAGUGCUACCAUCACAGAAAAAGUAGAUGUUUACAGCUUUGGCGUUGUGAUCUUGGAAAUCUUAUGCGGUCGAAGAAAUAUAGAUAGAUCUCAACCAGAAGAAGAGAUGCACUUAUUAAGACUUUUUACGAGGAAGGUAGAGGAGGGGAAACUUUUGGAACUGGUCGAUAAAUUCAGUGAAGACAUGCAGUCAAAUGGAGCAGAAGUUGUAAAGAUGAUGAGGAUUGCGGCAUGGUGUUUGCAACCUGAUUAUAAUAGGAGGCCUUCCAUGUCGAAAGUGUUACUUGCUUUUGCAGGUUAUUCGAUUGUCGAAGACAACUUGAGUUACGAUUUUCUAAAUUUGCAAGCACCUAGAGCAAUCGCAACUCCAAGUAACAGAGCCGGUACCACUACACUGGCAUUACCCUCGAUGUUAUCAGGUCCUAGGUGAACAAAAUUUUAAGGGAAUUUUUAAGCAAACAGUUAUUCAAUAUAGAAUGUAAGAACAACCAAAAUAGUUGUGGCAUGAACUCGACGCUUAACUCAAUUAGUGUAUACUGCCAUUAAAGUAACGUCUAGCAGAUAUAGGUUUUAAAUUUUAAUAUCUACAAUCAUUUCUCUUCUCUCAAGAGUACAAUCUCUUUUGUAAAAAAAAAUAAUGAUUGUGGCAUUCACUCUAGAUCUAAUUUGCUUUUCACGGAUAUGUUUGCUUUGGUGCAAUUGUACUUCUCAACAGAAGCCCAGAUCAAGCUCCAUAUUGUUUAUUGUGCAGGCAAAAUGCCCUGCUGCAGUUUGUUCGGGGUUUCCUGAUGUCAUAGUCUACAGUGUCACUACUGCUUUACUUUAUAAAUACACGUUUUUUUGUUCAAGAAGGAAAAAUGGAAAGCGAAUGAAGCGAUCAUGAAAUGACGGGAAUUCCACUACAACAUAGCAAAUAUUUACUUAGGUGCAUCCAUCUUUCUUAAGCAGGUUUUCGUUAAGACUGAGCAAGUAAUUAAGGUCCUGUCUGAUGGAUAAUUUUUUUUUUUCUUUUUAACCCAUCAUAGGUCCAAAGUAUCUGCCGUAGACGGUAUAAGAGUAUCGAGAAGUAUAGUCUAGCUUGGUGUCAACCCAAUUCUCGGGGUAUUCCGAUCCCUAGCUACUAAUGGUACGUUUGAUCGAAGGGAAUGGCUAUUCCAUUUCCACCUUUUUCAUAGUGUAAAGCUUUUCAAAAGUUUGGUUCAUAGAAGAGGUAUUCUACAAAAUGUCUAUUCUUCAAAAAUACGGAAUGCACAUUCUGAACUCUCCUUUAAUAAUGGCAAUUCUAGAUGGCAAGGAAUAAGUAGCAUUUUCAGAUUUUCCAUCAUUUUUCGACCAAAAUUGGUGUUCUUCUUGCAAAAGAUCAGAUUCAAGUAUGAUAAAUGCAAUCUAAAUUUUUAAUUAAAAAAAAAAGGC